AUGCUUGUGCUGUGUGUGCCGGGGCUGUUUGUGAACAGUACCUGCGAAACCGAAAUCACAGUGAUCCUUCACAAUGCCAUGCUCUUUGUAGUACAUCUAAAAUUUAUGGACGAAAGCAAAGAUGAAAUAGGUAUUAGAAGAACUCAUAAUGUAUGUUUUCAAGAAAGUCAGCCCUUGCAAGUUAUUUUUGAAAAGAAUAUGUGUUCUAAUACACUAGUGAUUCAACCAAGAGUGCUUGCUGAGGCAAUUGUUCUUUUCACAUCAAGUCAAGAAGAAGUUACUCUUGCUGUUACCCCACUCAGUGUUUGCCUUAAGAGUUCCAGUGACGAACCAGUGGAUUUGACCAGUUCUGUGUACAGUGAGAUGUUUGUUGGCCCAGAUGAGUUUGACUUCUUUCAAAUUGGAGUUGAUAGUGAAAUAACAUUUUGCUUCAAAGAAUUGAAGGGAAUACUGACGUUUUCAGAAGCUACACAUGCUCCUAUAGCCAUUCAUUUUGAUUUUCCUGGGAAACCUAUGGCUUUAAGUAUUGAUGAUAUGUUAUUGGAAGCUAACUUUAUUUUGGCUACAUUAGCUGAUGAGCCAAGUAGAGCAUCUUCUCCGCAGUCACUGUGUCUUUCCCAAAAACAAAAAAGGUCAGAGCCGCUGAGUUCAAAUUCAGAGGCUGGUAAAAAUGUAACCAGCAAGGCCCCAGAAUGUAUCCUGAGAAAAGUAGCACCUAAAAGGCUUUAUCCGAAGGAGAUUCUCACAGAUGUCUCUGCACUGGAAAACUGUGGCAGCCCCAUAAUGAAAAGAGCGAAUGGAGACAGGAGUGAAGUGUCGGAAAGCAGCGUCAGCGACACGGAGGAGGUGCCGGGGUCUCCGUAUCUGAGGAAGUUUUCUUGCAUGUUCUUUGGAGCAGUUUCUUCUGACCAGCAAGAACGCUUCAACCACCCUUUUGACAGUCUGGCAACAGCAAGUGACAGUGAAGAGGACAUGAAUGAUGGCAGUUUUUCCACAUUCUAA